AUGGACGAAGUUAUACUUAUCCAUGUUGGAGCAGGAAGACACGCUAAAAGAAAUGUCAAUGUACUUCGGACGCUACUGACAGUAGCAUUAAAAUCGACGAUGAAGAAGACUACGGUGCCGCUGAAAACCAAUGAUGAAGCAGAUCGUGAAAGUAGUUUUAUCUCACCUCUAUUCAAAAACAGCUUUGAAAAACUACUCAAGGUGAGCAAGAUGAUCGAAGAGAAUGAAUUAACUAACACGGGAUACGGGUCGUCAGUCACGCGGAAUUGUCAAGUGUAUUGCGACUCCAGCGUCUGUGCAUUGGAUGUGGAUCGCAAGAAGACGUACCAAUCAGCAGUGGUUAUGAAUUCCAGCAAAUACCCGAUUGAAGAUGCGUUGCUAGAUAUGGUGCAAGGAUGCAGUGAAGAUCGUAAGAACACCUUAGCGAUAACCCCUGCAUUAAUGCGGGUCGGCAAAGUAAAGCCGGACGAGAGUUUAGUGAGUGAGAGUAUGGCUAAAGUGUAUGAGGAUUACAGGGAGAGGCUCCAGCAGGAGGAGGAAAGAAAAAGCAAAGCAGAAUCAAGGAUUGAUCUUAGUCAAGAUGAAGAUGUGAGCGAUACGGUAGGAGUUUGUGUAAUUGAACCGGGCCGAUGCAUUGUGGCAGGGACAUCAUCGGGAGGAAAUUUAUUCAAAGAGCCCGGGCGAAUUGGAUGUGCGGGGGUGGUGGGCGCUGGGAUCUACACGGCCACCGUGGCAGACUGUACGGCGUGCAUCAUGUGCUCGGGGAACGGAGAAGACAUUGUACAGAUGCAACUGGCUAGAUCUGUGUGCGAGUACGUUCUCGCAAAACAUGAAGAAUAUUCCCGUCAACAACAAGAACAGCCCCUCCUUUGCCAACUGGUAGCUCGCUACGUUAAACACGAAUCCCACAAAUACAAACUUCGAGCACUAGACGAAAAAUACCACGAGACCCUUUACGUGGGGUUAGUGGGAUAUCUUGAGAUGACCGAAGAGGAGUCAUCGUCCUCUAGACGCAAGCUCAUUUUCUAUUACCACACUACGCAUACAAUGCUUUUUGCUUACAAAAACAGGCAUAAUUACGAUAAUAUGCUCGUGCAAAGAGCUUGGACAGACACAAAAACUUUGGCCGAAUUACCCUAUAACGAACAUGCACGAAUGAUCAUUCAAAUGUGUUCGAUUGCGUCUUCUUCGGUAUCCAUUCUGUCCGGACUUUUGGCGUUCUAUUUCUUGGCCAUGAUUCAUCCAAAGAAAAGGGUCUUUAGAUAUGACCUUAUUCUUCUUCUCAUUAUCUAUGACUUCAUAAAGGCCUUAGCGCUACUUAUUUUUCCUGUUGUUUCACAUACGUCGCACGAACAAAUCUUAACAAGUGCACCGUUCCAGAAUGUAUUGGGUUGGUUCACUUGUUUCAGUAUAGAAGGUGCUGAUUUCAUUAUCCUUUGUUUUGCGAUUCACAUAGCUCUACUUAUUUUCCUUCCCAACUUGAAGUCGAGGUUUGAAAACCCACAAGAGGGAGGUCUUUAUCCCUUUCGAGUCUAUAUUUACUUGUCUUCUCUAAUUAUUCCCGUGAUUAUCAGCUCUGCUGCGUUUGCUCCUGCUCAGGGUUAUAUCAGUGGAAUCAAUUGGAGUUAUUUAACUUCUCUCCGUGCAGUUUGGUACUUCACCUGGAUCGUUCGUUACUGUAUAGUGGUGACAGUCUUGAUCAUAUAUGUCAGUGUUUACAUCCACGUGAUGCGCCAAUAUAAAGUUGUCAGUUCCAAGAUGGACUUGAAAGAAUUCAAGACUCCGGGAAUGAUGUCCGAGUUACUUGCAGACUCCAUUUGGUAUAAGUUGGGCAAAAUGCUUCUUAUGCUUGUAUUUCCAGACGUUCAUAUUUCUGCCAAGUUGCAUGGUCGUGAGCUAAAUACAAAUGCAGACGUUGUUAACUUGCGAAAACUUCAUCACAAACAGGAGGAGAAUGGAAGUAGCUCCAUAAGUGAGGGGACUGCAGCCACAGCGGCAACAAUGAUGAAUGAGGACAUAGAGCAGGGAGCCGAUGGAGGUGUUUCUGGCCCAAACAGUGAAGAACACAUCAAAGAACUUCAGAGAGAAGUUGGAUUGGAUAUUCAACGUAUGUUGCACCAAGAAGCAAUGGACCGGUUUCAGCUUCGGCGCAUACAAAUAAUGAAACAGAUGAAGGUCAUCUUUGUUUAUCCGUUGGCUUAUAUUCUUCUAUGGCUUUUCCCCUUCAUUCAUCAAUGCUACAUUCUUCAAGACGGCGGAGAAGGCUGGAAUUGCUAUUGGGUAUUCACUACUGCUGCUUUCUUUCAAGCCUUUAACUGUACCAUAGACACGCUUGUGUUUUUGUACAGAGAGCGCCCUUGGACCCUUACUGCGGCUAAAGUUGAUCCUUUCCAGAGAUACGACUACAUGAGUUGGAGGAGAGCUGUUUCAUUUCUUCCUGGAUUUAAUCUUGGCACUACACAUACGACAAUGGCUAGAUGUGGAGGUAGUGGCAGCAGUUAUGAUGGUAGUAUUGAUCCCGAGAAGACCAUGGAGCAGGAUCAGCAGUCGGAUCAUCAGGAGCAACGGACUCAUCAGCAACAGCAACAACAACAACAACAACAGUCAUCAUCAUUACUACCACUACCACAAAAUACCCUCUCUGCUGGAAUACCGGCAUCUUCACAUCUAUUUUCACCCCCAGACCUGAUAGGAUUGAACGAUAAAAUGAAUCUAGAAGAAGACAUUAGCGAUUUCGUUAAAGUGGAUGCAUACGGCAGGCCGUAUCAAGCACAAUCCAGAAAUGGAUCUUCUUCAAUGGAUCCUAACGACUCUGAUCUAGAUUUGCGUGACUUCCUUAACAGCGCAUUGCCAGUGAAUGCAGGACCGUCUACGUCGAACAUUUCCAAAAAGAACCCCUCUCUCGCUAAAGAUAAGAGUAGGACUCCAAAUCGAAGAAGAAGUUCCAAGUUCAGUUGGAAAACGCUUUCAGGAAAGACCUCGUCGGGAAGCUCCAGGAAACAAUCUGUGGUAUCAUCGUGGUCAGGUAAUAAUCAACAGCAAAGCCAGCAGACUGCUGCAUGA